CUAAAACCAACCAAUGACAGUCAAGCUCUGGCCCACCACGUGACACGAGAGGGGCGGAGGCGUCUCAUUUCUUUACCGUCUCCGCCCGGUCGGACUAAAACCAACCAUGGCUACAGCUGACAGCGGGACGAAGCCCCUUCAAAACGCCAUGAAAAUGGCCAAAGUGGCGAUACAGCUGGACGGAGGGAACAAACACAAGGAGGCUUACUGUGAAUACCUCCGGACUAUCAACUUUAUAUCACACGCACUUUUGGAGGAAGCUGUGUCCCAAAAGGACCGCGACAUGGUGGCGAUGGAGGUGGAGCGGAUGUUGCGGCUAGCUGAGCAGUGUCUGGAGAGAGCCAAGUCAUUUAUAGGGAAGAACGCCGACCACCCUGACCUCUCUGCCUCCGUCUCUACGUCCACCUCCUGUUCACCCGGCCAAUCAGAACCGCAGACUGCCACCACUGCUUCAAGCACUGCCCCGCCGUCUGACACUCCUGCUGACUCAAGGCAUCAAACAACCAGCCCAAUCAAGACCGGUCACCGCAGGGUUUUGUCAGAUGGUGGCGGGGAGCUCUCCCCUUUUCUGCCUCCUGAAAUCUUUCAUAAACUACAAAUAGUGGAGUCACAGGACACAAGCAGAAAGGAGUUGACACCCAUUGAAGAAGCGUCGCGUCUGAACCAGAAGUUGAAAGCCAAUUAUGAAGCUCGUCUGGCAAGGCUCACCCCUGGUCAGGCCUACCAGAAGACGUCUUUGACGCUCUCUCUCCAGAGGCAGAUGAUGGAGAACCUCAUCAUCGCCAAAGCCAGACAGGAUGCUCUCCAGCGCAAGAUGGAGGAAAGAAGACUAAGACUACAGGAAGAGGCCAACAGGAGAUUCGCAGCGUCAGGCGCAAUAACUGCAGAGGAGCAAGAGCAGCGUGUUCUCUACGCCAACGUGCUGGAAUAUGAGCAAGAUCAUGAUUGGCCUAAACUGUGGAAAGCCAAUUUGAAGAAGAAUCCUGACGACGUCACAUUAGUGUCAGGUCUAGUUUCCUGUCUGCUCAGCCGGUCUGACCACCCUGUUGUGAAACUUCUGAGGAAACACCAGUAUCGAGUUUACAACAGGCUCUACCCCAUCGUCAGCAAAGGCCUCCCUCAGAGUCCUGCCUUGCCGCUGAGGCCUUCUCGCAGCACUCACAACCUCCUACAUCCAGAGACCCUGAGGAGGACCAGGACCGGAGGCAGCAGCAUCGGUGGCCAGAGCUUCAGCACAGGCUCUUCCCCCUCACUCUCUCAUGACCUCCACACAAACUACGAUGACGAGGAAGGGGAGGAGCUUAACACACAGGUGAUGGCGGAUCGGGAGAACUCGUUUGAAGACCUGGAGCAGUUCCUGACCCAGCUGGAUUGGGCCCCGCCCCAUGGCAGCGCCGAUGAUACAGGCUCGGAUUUGGAGCUGACCAGUGAUCCCUCGACACUGGAUGAGGGAAACAUCCAGGAGCUGGAGAUGAGAGCACUAACCGAACACCUGAAGGUCGUCGUCAAGGACAUUCAUAUUGCAAUUGAUCAGCUUCUGUCGCUGUGUUUGCUCUCCUUCGAGUGUCUAAACACAGCCAGCUCUAAAGACCUGUGCCUCGCCAGCAUAGAGGAAGCCUUCUUCUCUCCCCUGUGGAGCGCCCUUGUGGCUCUCUUCAGGAAGGUCCACAGGGAAAGGGAGCAGGCCUUUGAGGCGAGUAUGAAGCUGUACCAGGAUGCCUCACCUGGCGACGUCGGUGUUCCCAUGAAACUCUUCCCCAAAGACCCAGAAACGCUACAAGGUUCCUACCCUUACGAGUCUGCUGUUCAGGAGCUUAAGCUUCUCAUUGCAGAUAGCUGUCCACAGAGGAAGUUGGAAUGCAUUGUUCGGACGUUACGGCUGAUCUGUGCCUGCGCUGAGGAUUACAGGUGUCUGCACGAGGUGGACUCUCCACCCAAAACAGCCGCCAUCGGUGCAGACGACCUGUUGCCCAUCCUGUCCUUCGUGGCUCUGCGGUGCCAGUGUCCUCAGCUGGUGUCUGAAUGUGCUGCUCUGGAGGAGUUCAUUCACGAAGGGUAUUUGAUAGGAGAGGAAGGCUACUGUCUGACCUCCAUGCAGAGCGCCUUGGCCUACGUUGAGUCAUUGCACACAGGAGGAACUCAACUCCCUGCAGUCAAAGUUAUAUGAAAAAGGUUGCUGCUGCGGUCACGAGAGACACUCCCGGCGGUUCAUCCCAUAUUUCCUGCUGAAGCUCGAGCUUCCUGCCUCAGCGCGCAGACGCAUGUUAUCUCAUACGCACAUGCAGACGUAUACAGUAUGUUUAGAAGAAGGACUUCCUUUCGCUCUGUUUCCAACAGAGGACUGAACGAGUGCCUACGAGUCAUUUCUAACCAGAUCCUGCAGGGAGCCAAACGGAGCUCCGAGGAUAGACCAUCAAAAAGGGACUGUUGCAUGUGAUCGAGGGUGGAGUUGUGUUGGGGAGCUUUUUAAAGUGAUGCCACUGAUGUAUGAGUAUGAACGCUCACCGAGGAAGAAAACCUGCAGCAUGGUUUACUAAUGAGAGAAUAUUUCUGUAAAUCACAUUUCAGGUUCUGGGGUGGGGGUUUUUUUGGGUGGCAGAAUCCAUCCACAGACUGACUUUAAAAAACUUUUUGCACUUUGGGAUGUUGACGCGUUCGAGGGGAGGUUACGCUGAGUUCAUUGCCUUCAGGAAGGAGACAGGGACAAUGUUAGACACUGGAUGAAUGGGCAGGAAUAACUGCUGUGUCACUGUUUGCAUGUUACCACGUUUAAUUUACAGGAACAUGCUUAGGUAGUACUUAAUGUAGGUAGUAAUACUGUAGUACUUUGUUUGUUUGUUAGUGAGUGAGUGAGUGUCGAGUUAAGCCAAGCCAUGGAGACUGCAGGUAGAUGUGAGCAUUUUUUUUUUUUUUUUUAGGACACAAAGUUAACGACUUGCGUCCUCGUUUGUCUGCAUACACUUCCCUUCCCUUUUUUUUAAAAUUUCAAACUCUCCAAAGGAAAGCUCCAUUUCUGAACGCAACACUGCAGGACAGGACCGGCAGGUUUAGAGAUUGACUCUGCAGUGGUUGAACUUGUGUGGCGCUUAGAAAAUAUUAGAUGCGAGGUAUUAAAGGGAUCUUUACUGAUGUUUUUUUAAAAGAAAAAAAUACUUUUCUACAAAGGUUUUAAAUACUUGCAGAGAUCAGAGUGGAUGUUUACCUAAAGGAAUUUGAUUUUUUUUUUUUUUUUUUUCUCCCAUGGUGUAAAAAUUCUAUAAAUUCCCAUUCAAGUUGUUGCAUUUUUAGGUCACAAUUGGAAACUUUGAAAGUGAGCAGUUGUGGCACAUUCUUGUGCUGACUGAAAGAGAUGUGAUUAACAUCUCAAUGUCAAGCAGGGCUCGGGUCUUUGGGUCUAUUUUUUUCUGACGCACUGGACUGAAUGGAAAACCGACGACUCCCAGAAGAUAAAAAGCAUUGUUAAUCAUUGUUAAUCAUGCCUUGCUUCGGUAACAUGACAUAAUAAAUGUGCUACAAUAUGCAAAAACUAUUCUUUGGUUUGUGUUUUGAAGACGUGUCGAGCUCAGACUCACCUUAUGUAUCAUUUUAUAACUUGUCUUUUGAAUGUAUAAUUUAAUUUUUAUUCUGUGUGAGUCCAAAAGAUGUGAAAGAAAUGGUUAAAGAACUGUUUUUGAUUUAUUACUGCUACUUAUAUUUUGUGACAUUAACAACAAAAACAGAUUGGUCGUUGUAUUAAAUGUGUAUCUAAUAAAAGGCAGGAUGUUAUGAUCUUUUUACAUCUAUGUAAAUGACUUAUUGUAUAUUUUGCAGAGCUUUUGAGAACUGAAUGUGAAUUACAAGAGUUUUACUGUGAAAAGUUGGAACGAUGAACUGUGUGCUUGAAAGAUGCGUCAAUAAAGAGAUGUUUAAUGUA